AUGACUGUACAAAAAACAAUCUCCCGAAAAAGCUUUUACUUGAUGGUCUCACUACAGGAGACUUUUCAAAGAAAAGAAUUGUGGCAACUUAAUAAUCCCAAGGCUCAAGCUAUUACCAAGCUUAUUAGAAAAACUAUUUGUUUAGACUUGCAACCAUACUGUAUUGUUGAAGAUAAAGGUUUUACCCGACUUUUAAAUAAUUUUGCUCCAAACUAUACAAUACCAAGUCGAAAGUACUUCUCCACAAAAGUCAUUCCACUGAUGUAUGACACCAUAAAAGCCAAAGUUAAAUAUGAGCUGGAUCAAGCAGAUUUCCUAAGUUUACCUAGUGAUGGUUGGACCUGUCAACACACAAUUCAAUCGUAUUACAGUUUAACUGCUAGAUUUGUAACACAAGAGUUUACAGUUAAACAUGUCAUCUUACAAGUUACACACUUGCCUGAGUCGCACACAGGACACAAUAUAAGUAAAUUCAUAUAUGAAGCGCUACAAUCAUGGGAAAUUCCCCAUGAAAAAAUUUAUGCAGUUUUAACUGAUAAGCCAGCUAAUUUAAUGGCUGCCAUUAAAGAGUCAAAUUUGGGCGAUAAACAUCUUCCAUGUCUGAUACAUACUUUACAACUUUGUAUUCAGAAAAAGAUCUUUAGAGAACAAAGAAAAGCAAGUGAUGCAACAGCUAUUUUUUGA